UCAUACAUUAUUUAGCCAUAUAUUAUAUUACCAGUGUAUAUGACAUUAUAAAUUAAAAUUUAUUUAAUUAAUACAAUUAAUAAAUAAGUUUCAGAUCAUAACUACUAAUAAUGAUGGCUAAAGUUGGAGGUGUUGGUGAUAGUAAAGUUCCGGAUGAUAAUGUCCACGACAUUUGCCAACAGAUCCGCAAACAAGUGGAGGAUAAAUCUGGAAAGUCAUUCACUGAAUUCACACCCGUCUCAUUCAAGACCCAAGUGGUCAAUGGUAUCAAUUAUUUUAUCAAAGUGCGGGUAAGUGAUGGCCAGUAUGUUCACGUGAGAAGCCAUAAGGCAUUCACCGGUGACAUCACUUUUGCCAACUUUGUCGACAAUAAGACACUCGAAGAAGAGAUUGAAUAUUUUCCCUAAUUUUAUAUAUAUAUAUAUAAGUUUAAUAUUGCAUUAAAACUAAAUU